UUGCCUUGUUUUGGAGGGUAAUAUUUUCUUUUAUUUUUCCCAUCUCUUCUUGCUAGCAACGCCUCCAGUCAGGACGGUUUCGGCGGGUUCCGUUAAAAUGGCUGUUACUGAGAGUGAAAACCCAAAGCAAGAACAAUCGUAGUGGGUACAACUGCAUCCAGUAGUAUCGCUGGUGUCUGAUAAGGAAAACUAAAGACUGCAACGCAAUGGCUGCCCUAGAUCAAAAAUCCCCCAACGUCCUCCUCCAAAGUCUCUGCUGCAGGAUCACUGGGAAGAGCGAAGCUGAAGUAGCCCACCAGUUCCAGUAUGCUGUGAGAGUCGUCGGGAGUAACUAUGCUCCCACCAUUGAGAGGGAUGAGUUCCUAGUGUCAGAGAAGAUCAAAAAAGAACUGCUGAAGCAGAGGAGAGAGGGUGACGCUGCCCUGUUCUCUGAGCUCCACAGAAAGCUGCAGACUCAGGGGGUGCUGAAACACAGGUGGUCCGUCUUAUACCUGCUGCUCAGUCUAUGUGAGGACCCCAGGAAACCGUCCAGGGUUGGCAGCUAUGGGGCACUGUUUGCCCAGGCCCUCCCACGGGACGCCCACUCCACCCCGUUCUACUGCACUCGGCCCGGGAGCCUGCCCCUCAGCUACCCCGAGCGCUUGGGGCCCGGGGGCUCCCAGAUCUCCACCAGCAUGGGCACCAGUGGCAUCAGCAGCCUGGGGGUGUACUCCCUCAACGGGCCCACACCCACCCCUCAGCCCCUGCUGGCUGGACACCCACCCCAGACAGCAGGGCAGCAGCUGGGCUCUCGGCUGGCGUGGGCCCUCCCCAACACCUCCGCCCUAGCACCUACCUCACGGGCCCCGCUCGGCCCCCCACCCCUGUCCACCCGGGCCCCCAGGCCACGCCAUGACGGGGACCUCACUGCGGAGGUUGGUGAGGCUGCACUGGUCAGAGACAUCCUGUAUGUCUUCCAGGGGAUCGACGGCAAGUUCAUUAAGAUGAGCAACACAGACAACUGCUACAAGAUCGACUCCAAGGUGGUGCUCUGUAAGUCUCUGAGGGACACCAGUAGCCGAUUGGCUGAGCUGGGCUGGCUCCACAACAAGAUCAGGAAGUACACUGACUCGCGCAGUCUGGACCGAGCCUUUGGCCUGGUGGGACAGAGCUUCUGUGCCUCCCUGCAUCAGGAACUGAAGGAGUACUACAGACUUCUGGCAGUGCUGCACUCACAGUUGCAGGUGGAGGAUGACCAGGGAGUGAACCUGGGAGUGGAGAGCAGUCUGACCCUCAGACGUCUCCUAGUCUGGACCUACGACCCGAAAGUCCGCCUCAAAACCCUGGCUGCCCUCGUUGACUUCUGCCAAGGGAGGAAGGGGGGGGAACUGGCGUCAGCGGUCCAUGCCUAUGGGAAGACAGGGGACCCUCAGAUGAGAGCUCUGGUGCAGCACAUCCUCAGCCUGGUGUCACAUCCCAUCCUCAACUUCCUCUACCGCUGGAUCUACGACGGAGAGCUGGAGGACACUUACCAUGAGUUCUUUGUGGCGUCUGACCCCACGGUGAAGACAGACAGACUGUGGCACGACAAGUACUCACUGAGGAAGUCCAUGAUACCCACCUUCAUCACCAUGGACCAGGCCCGCAAGGUUCUGCUCAUUGGAAAGUCCAUUAACUUCCUGCAUCAGGUGUGCCAUGACAGAACCUCACCAGGGAAAAUCACCCCGGCCUCCAAGUCUACAGACUCCCCCAAAGAUGCUGCAGAGCUGUUAUCAGACCUGGAGGGGGCGUUCCAGGGGAAGAUAGAUGCAGCCUACUUUGAAACUAGCAAGUACCUGCUGAAUGUGCUCAACCAGAACUAUCUGCUGCUGGAGCACCUGCAGGCCAUGAGACGAUACCUGCUGCUGGGCCAGGGAGACUUCAUACGCCACCUCAUGGACCUGCUAAAACCAGAGCUGGCCCGCCCAGCCACCACUCUGUACCAACACAACCUGACAGGCAUCCUGGAGACAGCCGUGAGGGCCACCAACGCCCAGUAUGACAACGCUGAGAUCCUCAAGAGACUGGACGUACGCCUGCUGGAGGUGUCUCCCGGGGAUACGGGCUGGGAUGUCUUCAGUUUAGACUACCACGUAGAGGGUCCUAUCGCCACGGUGUUCACACGGGAGUGCAUGAGCCACUACCUGCGGGUGUUCAACUUCCUGUGGCGAGCCAAGCGUAUGGAGUACAUCCUCACCGACAUCUGGAAGGGACAGAUGUGCAACGCCAAGCUGCUUAAGAGCAUGCCAGAGCUGUCUGGCGUGCUGCACCAGUGCCACAUCCUGGCCAAUGAGAUGGUCCACUUCAUCCACCAGAUGCAGUACUACAUCACCUUCGAGGUGCUAGAGUGUUGUUGGGAUGAGUUGUGGAACAAGGUAGAAAAGGCCCAGGAUCUAGACCACAUCAUCGCUGCCCACGAAAGAUUCUUAGACUCUGUCAUCUCCCGCUGCCUACUGGACACCAACAGCAGGUCCUUGUUGAACCAGCUGAGGGCGAUCUUUGACCAGAUCAUAGAGUUCCAGAGUGCCCAGGACUCUCUGUACCGCUCUGCCCUGGAGGAACUCACCCUGCGGCUGCAGUACGAGGAGCGGAAGAAGCAGAGGGAUUCUGAGGGUGAGUGGGGCGUGACUGCUGAAAAGGAGGCAGAGGAGAACAGGAGGAUCCAAGAGUUCCAGGAGACCAUACCAAAAAUGCGCUCUCAGCUACGGAUACUAACACACUUCUACCAGGGCAUAGUGCAGCAGUUCCUGGUGCUGAUAAUGACUAGUCCAGAUGAGAGCCUGCGCUUCCUCAGCUUCAGACUGGACUUCAACGAGCACUACCGGGCAAGAGAUCCCCGUCUGAGGGCCUCGCUGGGGACCACCAGGGGCCGACGGCCCUCCAACAUCUGACCUGACGCACACCACCAUGUCACAACAUGGGGACAGAGAGCCACACAGAAUCUGCCUUGAUAGUAUUUAUAUAUGACAUGAAGAUGACAUCAAAUUAGGGCUAGAUGGAAUCUGUUGUGAUGAUAUCACAAUAGAACCAGACAGAACAUUGACAUCACAAAAGAGCCAUAGAGCCAAUAGAGCCAGGUGGAGAUGAUGCCGCAUUCAAAACAACUAGGAACUCUGAAAUCUCUGACUUCAGUGUGUUCAAAACAACUGGGAACUCUG